AACUAAAGCAAGUGGGAGGUUGUUUGUCUGCAGGCGAGCUGGGGGGGUUGGGCAGCUGCAGAGACAGGCGGUGGUGGCAGGGGCGGCGGCGGCGGGAGCGGGAGCUUCACCGGCGGCCGGAGCCUCAGCAUGCCUUCCAUUAAGCUCCAGAGCUCUGAUGGAGAAAUAUUUGAAGUUGAUGUGGAGAUAGCAAAGCAGUCUGUAACAAUCAAAACUAUGUUGGAAGAUUUGGGGAUGGAUGAUGAAAGUGAUGAAGACCCAGUGGCACUUCCAAAUGUUAAUGCUGCAAUCCUUAAAAAGGUGAUUCAGUGGUGCACUCACCACAAAGAUGAUCCACCUCCUCCUGAAGAUGAUGAAAACAACGAAAAGAGAACCGAUGACAUCCCUGUAUGGGAUCAAGAGUUCCUCAAAGUAGACCAAGGAACACUCUUUGAACUAAUUCUGGCUGCGAACUAUUUGGACAUCAAAGGCCUGCUUGAUGUGACGUGCAAAACUGUAGCAAACAUGAUCAAAGGUAAAACUCCAGAAGAGAUUCGCAAGACUUUCAACAUCAAAAAUGACUUUACUGAGGAAGAGGAAGAGCAGGUACGCAAGGAGAAUCAGUGGUGUGAAGAAAAGUGAAAAAGAAAAUUGCUUCAUAACUCUUCUCGAAUACACUGAGAUAAUUCUUCCAAAUCCUAUUGCACUGUUUUGUACAUGAUAAUUAUUUGGGAAAUGCAGGAAAGGGGGGAGAAAAACACACUUAGCAUUUUUGAUUGCAUGAUGGUUCCUCUCUUGUUCAGAGCACUGUGUUCUAGCCUUUAUCUUGUCAUAGGAUUGGAAGUGCUAUCCGGUCUAGCGCUGCCAAAUCCAUUACAGUAGAGUGACUUCAAGAGGAUUAGGAUGCAUGUGUUAUUAAAAUUUAAAGAGUGCGGACUAGACAGGAAUUCUUUAAUACUGUGGACGUCUGAUUAUCAUAUCAUCUCGUCCGGAAGGCAAAUACAAUCAGCAGGCUAUGCAGUGAGGGGGUAUUCUUCAUAAAUAGAUGAUAAAAACGGCUGAACGUAUUUAAAUGAAAGCAACAUUUAAUUCUCGAACUGAGAUAAGCUGUAAUAUAAAUGAAAUGGUUACAGUGUGAAGAGCUUGCUGUGGUAUGUUUUUUUAAAUUGAUCUUCCUUCCUCUCUCAUGCCUCGAUUUAUGAUGCAGGGUUAGUAAUCCACAAUACUGAAAUAUUUAGCAAUGUACUUGUGUUUCCAGGUUCCCAAUGAGCAGUUUGCAUGCGUGACCGGACUGUAGUGCGGUCUUUAUAAUCAGUGAUCACUUCUUCUUCUUCUUGCGUAUGGCGUGCACUGCCUAAAGUUGUAGGUCAGCUUGUUCUAUUUGAUCUUUUUGUUUGUGCACGUCGGCUUGAUUGCAUUAGUCGACACGGGGUGGACCACAUGAAGGUUGCAAUCUUCCACCCCAGUGAUCACUGUAAAACCACUUGUUAAUGUGAUGCAAGCGUUAUUGCUCCUGAGCCUUUACAAUUAUAUUCUUCGUGUUCAUAAGUGAUAGGAGCAGAAUUAGUCUACUCUGCCAUUCAAACAUGGCUGAUCUAUCUUUCCCUCUUAACUCCAUUCUCCUGCCCUCUCCCCAUAACCCCUAACACCCAUUUUAAUAUAGAUUCUAUCUAUCUCUGUCUUAAAAAUAUCCAUUGACUUGGCCUCCACAGCGUUCUGUGGCAAUGAAUUCCACAGGUUCAGCACCGUUGACUGGAAAAAUUAUUCCUCAUCUCCAUCCUAAAGGAACGUCCUUUAAUUCUGAGGCUGUGACCUCUGGACCUAGACUCUCCCACUAGUGGAAACAUCCUCGCCACAUCCACUCUGUCCAAUUCACUAUGCUGUUUUAUUUUCUUUUUGACUGGCUUUCCCACCUUCUCUGUAUUAUCCUGCAAGUGGCUUGGAUGCCUGUAAUAAGAGUAUGGUAUGUAUGGGUAUGUUUAAUUAGCCUUGGAUGCUAUUGCAAGAAUCCUAGUGGCAUCUUGAUUGGAACUUUCAGCCUUCACCGGUUUGGUUUAACCAAGACCAACACUUCAGGCUAGAUAAAUGCUACAACUUUAAUGGGAUCCUUCAAUUAUUUGGAUUUAUUAACCUUGCUGUGCAUGACUACAACUAGAAAUCUCUAAGAUGUGUAGGAAGGAACAGCAGAUGCUGGUUUACACCGAAGAUAGACGCAAAAUGCUGGAGUAACUCAGCGGGACAGGCAGCAUCUCUGGAGAGAAGGAAUGGUUGAUGUUUCAGCUACGAAGAAGGGUCUCGACCCGAAACGUCACCCAGAGAUGCUGCCUGUCUUGCUGAGUUACUCCAGCAUUAUGUGCCAAUCUCUAAGAUGUUCCUGUUUUUCUGUAAUUAUUGUCUUAUUUCAUCUUGUUAUCUAAUAAAAUAGGCCCACAAAUUA